CGCGCCGCGGCCGCGGGCGGCGGGGAGAGGCGGGAAAGGCGGGCGGCUGCCCCGCGGAGGCGCUGGGCCUGUGCAAGACAGGGGCUGCACAAAGACGUACAGGGCCUGUUUGAAUCAUACCAUGAUGGAAGAGCCCAUCCAAGGGGACCAGCCCAUCCCGAGAGACACCGUCCCGGCCAAGUUGUGCUGUGAUCACAUCACCACAACAAACCUGGUGGAAGUGCAGAGAUCUUUGGUGGCUUUAACUGACCCUCAGGAGGGGAAGCUGACUCAGUCUCAAGAGAAAGCACUGAACUCGGUGGGCGUUUGGAAAACCGCACUUGGAGCUGUUCCUGGGCCCGCACCAAAGACCUCAGUGGAGUGACAGCCCAAAGAUGGGAGAUCAGGAAGCAGGUGAACCCUUUCUGGGGAUAGUGGCUGGUGGUGCCACAGACUACGAAGGAGUCCUGCCCUCGGACACGGUGUCGCUCAGCGAUUCUGAUUCCGAUGAUUUGGGCUUAGCUGAUGAAGCAGAGGUUGAUACAAUAUCUCCUGAGGAGACGUCUGUAGAUGAUGGGGACUGCAGAUCAGGGUUGGGCCCUGCCUCUCCAGACAGCAGGCACAAGUCUCCUGCCCAGCUGUUCCAUCUGAGGGGCAUGAGCUCUACGUUCUCUCUCCGCAGCCAGAGCAUUUUCGAUUGUCUGGAAGAGGCGGCCAAGGCAGCUGUGCCCUCGAUGCCUGAGGAUAAUGUCAUUGAUGGGAGGUUUAAGCGUCCGUUGCCUCCGAGCACAGCGUCAGGAGCCACAGUGCCAGAAAGCCUGGGAAAGCAAACCAAAGCUGUGCAGGCUCCCAAGACCUCUCCUGCAGUGCCUGACUACGUGGCACACCCAGAGCGCUGGACCAAAUACAGCCUAGAUGGAGUUUCAGAGUCUAGUGACAAGACCAACAGGGCAGUGGCCAUGGAAUUUCUAGAGGGUCUGAAGAAAAGAGGGGAGAAAAAAAGCUCAGCUACUCCAGAGAGCUACACCCCUUACUUCAACCAGGACCCUUCCAGCUGUGGAGCUGGGAGGAUUGUUUUCACCAAACCAGCAAAAAGGGGUGUGGAUGGACUGGAAAAGAGAACAGCAGCCGGAGAGGAUGAUAAGAAACACUUGAAAACAGAUCUGAAAGGAAAAUCUUUGAAGAAGACUGAUGACUCAAGGGAAGAAGAUAAGGUAGAGCUGGGGCACUUAGACAGUGGAAGUGGAAAAGCAGGAGAGGAGGAGGAAUGUACAACAAUGGGGGACCUGAGUGCAGAAGAAAAGCUUAGUGCAAGGCUCAGUGGCACAGAUGAAGAAGCAUCAGUGGAAACAGUUGGAUUCCAUUGCAGUAAGAAGAAGAACAGGAAAAAUUUCCGACCUAAAGUGGAUGAUGAAGAGGAGGAAGAGGCCUGAAGGAUGGAGCCCAUUGGAAACAUCUAAGGACUUGUAUUGUCUUUGCAUAUGUUUGGUUUUUUUCUCUCACUACUCUUUUUUUUUCCCUGCUCUGAAACCAUGGGAUAGCUUUUUGUCUUAACAGUUUGCAUUGUAGCCACCAGAACAUUUUGUGGUGUUAGAAAUUAAGCUGCCUGAAAUACAUUCCAGACCCUUUCUUCGUGAGAAGGCUGUGGGCACCUGAUAGUUGGACCCAAGCAGGAGAGAAUCAGGUGUGCUGUGUCUGCUUGAGUAGCUCCCUGGUGAGUGCCCUGGAGGUGAAAUACUCAAAGAACAAGAUGUGUGAGCUGAAGGGCUGUUGGGCUUCCUCCUAACCUCCAGAUUUAGAGCAGUUUCCAGAUCCUGAAGAAUCAGGCAACAA